CCGCUGGGUAGGCCUCGGGCAUCCGGUCGCCGCCGCGGGGCUCUUGCUAGGGCCGGGACGCCGCAGGGGUCGGGCUCGGAGGGACCUCCUCGGCCUCGCGGGGCCGCUCUGGGCCCGACCCCGGCUCUGUCGCGGCACCCGGGGCGCGGCCGAGGGACACCCCCCCCUCCCCAAGGACGACUCUCCCGAAGGCGAGGUCGACCCGAGCGGGCCCUGGGGUGACCGAGGCACCUAUUUUUAGCCAAGCCUGAGGGCCCCCGGGAGGGAAGGCGGAUUACCGCCUCCUCGGCCGGUGGACGGAGGCAGCGCGUCUCCGGCGGCGUCCCCGGGCCGGAGCUGGGCCACACUUACGCCAUGCUGGAGUUCCAGUCCUCGCCGCUGCCUCAGGCGGUCUGGGCGCUCGCCCCCUUCCCCGGCGCCCCUCCCGCUGCCCUUUGCGAGUCCCCAGGUUUUAUAGGAUCACAUUGACAAAAGUACCAUGGAGUUUUAUGAGUCAGCAUAUUUUAUUGUUCUUAUUCCUUCAAUAGUUAUUACAGUAAUUUUCCUCUUCUUCUGGCUUUUCAUGAAAGAAACAUUAUAUGAUGAAGUUCUUGCAAAACAGAAAAGAGAACAAAAGCUUAUUCCUACCAAAACAGAUAAAAAGAAAGCAGAAAAGAAAAAGAAUAAAAAGAAAGAAAUCCAGAAUGGAAACCUCCAUGAAUCCGACUCUGAGAGUGUACCUCGAGACUUUAAAUUAUCAGAUGCUUUGGCAGUAGAAGAUGAUCAAGUUGUACCUGUUCCAUUGAAUGUCGUUGAAACUUCAAGUAGUGUUAGGGAAAGAAAAAAGAAGGAAAAGAAACAAAAGCCUGUGCUUGAAGAGCAGGUCAUCAAAGAAAGUGACGCAUCAAAGAUUCCUGGCAAAAAAGUAGAACCUGUCCCAGUUACUAAACAGCCCACCCCUCCCUCUGAAGCAGCUGCCUCGAAGAAGAAACCAGGGCAGAAGAAGUCUAAAAAUGGAAGCGAUGACCAGGAUAAAAAGGUGGAAACUCUCAUGGUACCAUCAAAAAGGCAAGAAGCAUUGCCCCUCCACCAAGAGGCUAAACAAGAAAGUGGAUCAGGGAAGAAGAAAGCUUCAUCAAAGAAACAAAAGACAGAAAAUGUCUUCGUAGAUGAACCCCUUAUUCAUGCAACUACUUAUAUUCCUUUGAUGGAUAAUGCUGACUCAAGUCCUGUGGUAGAUAAGAGAGAGGUUGUUGAUUUGCUUAAACCUGACCAAGUAGAAGGGAUCCAGAAAUCUGGGACUAAAAAACUGAAGACUGAAACUGACAAAGAAAAUGCUGAAGUGAAGUUUAAAGAUUUUCUUCUGUCCUUGAAGACUAUGAUGUUUUCUGAAGAUGAGGCUCUUUGUGUUGUAGACUUGCUAAAGGAGAAGUCUGGUGUAAUACAAGAUGCUUUAAAGAAGUCAAGUAAGGGAGAAUUGACUACGCUUAUACAUCAGCUUCAAGAAAAGGACAAGUUACUCGCUGCUGUGAAGGAAGAUGCUGCUGCUACAAAGGAUCGGUGUAAGCAGUUAACCCAGGAAAUGAUGACAGAGAAAGAAAGAAGCAAUGUGGUUAUAACAAGGAUGAAAGAUCGGAUUGGAACAUUAGAAAAGGAACAUAAUGUAUUUCAAAACAAAAUACAUGUCAGUUAUCAAGAGACUCAACAGAUGCAGAUGAAGUUUCAGCAAGUUCGUGAGCAGAUGGAGGCAGAGAUAGCUCACUUGAAGCAGGAAAAUGGUAUACUGAGAGAUGCUGUCAGCAACACUACAAAUCAACUGGAAAGCAAGCAGUCUGCAGAACUAAAUAAACUACGCCAGGAUUAUGCUAGGUUGGUGAAUGAGCUGACUGAGAAAACAGGAAAGCUACAGCAAGAGGAAGUCCAAAAGAAGAAUGCUGAGCAAGCAGCUACUCAGUUGAAGGUUCAACUACAAGAAGCUGAGAGAAGGUGGGAAGAAGUUCAGAGCUACAUCAGGAAGAGAACAGCGGAACAUGAGGCAGCACAGCAAGAUUUACAGAGUAAAUUUGUGGCCAAAGAAAAUGAAGUACAGAGUCUGCAUAGUAAGCUUACAGAUACCUUGGUAUCAAAACAACAGUUGGAGCAAAGACUAAUGCAGUUAAUGGAAUCAGAGCAGAAAAGGGUGAACAAAGAAGAGUCUCUACAAAUGCAGGUUCAGGAUAUUUUGGAGCAGAAUGAGGCUUUGAAAGCUCAAAUUCAGCAGUUCCAUUCCCAGAUAGCAGCCCAGACCUCCGCUUCAGUUCUAGCAGAAGAAUUACAUAAAGUGAUUGCAGAAAAGGAUAAGCAGAUAAAACAGACUGAAGAUUCUUUAGCAAGUGAACGUGAUCAUUUAACAAGUAAAGAAGAGGAACUUAAGGAUAUACAGAAUAUGAAUUUCUUAUUAAAAGCUGAAGUGCAGAAAUUACAGGCCCUGGCAAAUGAGCAGGCUGCUGCUGCACAUGAAUUGGAGAAGAUGCAACAAAGUGUUUAUGUUAAAGAUGAUAAAAUAAGAUUGCUGGAAGAGCAACUACAACAUGAAAUUUCAAACAAAAUGGAAGAAUUUAAGAUUCUCAGUGACCAAAACAAAGCAUUAAAAUCAGAAGUUCAGAAGCUACAGACUCUUGUUUCUGAACAGCCUAAUAAGGAUGUUGUGGAACAAAUGGAAAAAUGCAUUCAAGAAAAAGAUGAGAAGUUAAAGACUGUGGAAGAAUUACUUGAAACUGGACUUAUUCAGGUGGCAACUAAAGAAGAGGAGCUGAAUGCAAUAAGAACAGAAAAUUCAUCUCUGACAAAAGAAGUUCAAGACUUAAAAGCUAAGCAAAAUGAUCAGGUUUCUUUUGCCUCUCUAGUUGAAGAACUUAAGAAAGUGAUCCAUGAGAAAGAUGGAAAGAUUAAGUCUGUAGAAGAGCUUCUGGAGGCAGAACUUCUCAAAGUUGCUAACAAGGAGAAAACUGUUCAGGAUUUGAAACAGGAAAUAAAGGCUCUAAAAGAAGAAAUAGGAAAUGUCCAGCUUGAAAAGGCUCAACAGUUAUCUGUCACUUCCAAAGUUCAGGAGCUUCAGAACUUAUUAAAAGGAAAAGAGGAACAGAUGAAUACCAUGAAGGCUGUUUUGGAAGAGAAAGAGAAAGACCUAGCCAAUACAGGGAAGUGGUUACAGGAUCUUCAAGAAGAAAAUGAAUCUUUAAAAGCACAUGUUCAGGAAGUAGCACAACAUAACUUGAAAGAGGCCUCUUCUGCAUCACAGUUUGAAGAACUUGAGAUUGUGUUGAAAGAAAAGGAAAAUGAAUUGAAGAGGUUAGAAGCCAUGCUAAAAGAGAGGGAGAGUGAUCUUUCUAGCAAAACAAAGCUGUUACAGGAUGUACAAGAUGAAAACAAAUUGUUUAAGUCCCAAAUUGAGCAGCUUAAACAACAAAACUACCAACAGGCAUCUUCUUUUCCCCCUCAUGAAGAAUUAUUAAAAGUAAUUUCAGAAAGAGAGAAAGAAAUAAGUGGUCUCUGGAAUGAGUUAGAUUCUUUGAAGGAUGCAGUUGAACACCAGAGGAAGAAAAACAAUGACCUUCGGGAGAAAAACUGGGAAGCAAUGGAAGCAUUGGCAUCAACUGAAAAAAUGCUGCAGGACAAAGUGAACAAGACUUCCAAGGAAAGGCAGCAACAGGUGGAAGCUGUUGAGUUGGAGGCUAAAGAAGUUCUCAAAAAAUUAUUUCCAAAGGUGUCUGUCCCUUCUAAUUUGAGUUAUAGUGAAUGGUUGCAUGGAUUUGAAAAAAAGGCAAAAGAAUGUAUGGCUGGAACUUCAGGGUCAGAGGAGAUUAAGGUUCUAGAGCACAAGUUGAAAGAAGCUGAUGAAAUGCACACAUUGUUACAGCUAGAGUGUGAAAAAUACAAAUCCGUCCUUGCAGAAACAGAAGGAAUUUUACAGAAGCUACAGAGAAGUGUUGAGCAAGAAGAAAAUAAAUGGAAAGUUAAGGUCGAUGAAUCACACAAGACUAUUAAACAGAUGCAGUCAUCAUUUACAUCUUCAGAACAAGAGCUAGAGCGAUUAAGAAGUGAAAAUAAGGAUAUUGAAAAUCUGAGAAGAGAACGAGAACAUUUGGAAAUGGAACUAGAAAAGGCAGAGAUGGAACGAUCUACCUAUGUUACAGAAGUCAGAGAGCUGAAAGAUCUGUUGACUGAAUUGCAGAAAAAACUUGAUGAUUCAUAUUCUGAAGCAGUAAGACAGAAUGAAGAGCUAAAUUUGUUGAAGGCACAGUUAAAUGAAACACUCACAAAACUUAGAACUGAACAAAAUGAAAGACAGAAGGUAGCUGGUGAUUUGCAUAAGGCUCAACAGUCACUGGAGCUUAUCCAGUCAAAAAUAGUAAAAGCUGCUGGAGACACUACUGUUAUUGAAAAUAGUGAUGUUUCCCCAGAAACGGAGUCUUCUAAGAAGGAGACAAUGUCUGUAAGUCUAAAUCAGACUGUAACACAGUUACAGCAGUUGCUUCAGGCAGUAAACCAACAGCUCACAAAGGAGAAAGAGCACUACCAGGUGUUAGAGUGAAGUAAUUGGGAAACUGUUCAUUUGAGGAUAAAAAAGGCAUUGUAUUAUAUUUUGCCAAAUUAAAGCCUUAUUUAUGUUUUCACCCUUUCUACUUUGUCAGAAACACUGAACAGAGUUUUGUCUUUUCUAAUCCUUGUUAGACUACUGAUUUAAAGAAAGAAAAAAAAAGCCAACUCUGUAGACACCUUCAGAGUUUAGUUUUAUAAUAAAAACUGUUUGAAUAAUUAGACCUUUACAUUCCUGAAGAUAAACAUAUGUAAUCUUUUAUCUUAUUUUGCUCAAUAAAAUUGUUCAGAAGAUCAAAGUGGUAAAGACAAUGUAAAAUUUAACAUUUUAAUACUGAUGUUGUACACUGUUUUACUUAACAUUUUGGGAAGUAACUGCCUCUGACUUCAACUCAAGAAAACACUUUUUUGUUGCUAAUGUAAUCGGUUUUUGUAAUGGCGUCAGCAAAUAAAAGGAUGCUUAUUAUUCAGA